AUGCACACCACCAUGGUCAGCGCCAGCGGAGUGUUUGGCAUCUCGGUCGCGACGGCGACACUGGUGUGGCUGCCUCAGAAGGUGCUGCGUUGUGGUACGGUUACGCCAAGCGAGCGUCGACCUGGACCUGCUCCCAGAGCUGGCAUCCAACUGCCGUCCCUAUAACGACAUCCUGCCCGGUCUUCCCAACGACGACCCUAACGUGAUGGAGGGUAUAAAGCGCUUUGCGGAUACCAUAGGGUACACCAGCACUACGGGUAUCGUGCUUUGGAGCACCCUAGGCUUGCCGCUGCGCAUUUUCCUUGGCUUCUUGAGCGUGGUUGGCGUAUGCGCCGUUCUCUAUGGCCUCUAUUGGUUGGCUUCGAAUUCGCCGAAAACAUUGGCCUUCUUCUUCUCGCUUGGAUUCUGGAUUGGCAUUACCUACUGUCUCGCACAGCUCGAUCAGAAGAGGAACUUGCUGGGCAGCGUCCUAGGUGAGGAAUAUGGAGGCUCUCAGUGGGGUUUUGGCCAGGUUCUGGCUGUUUUUGCAUGGAUGCCCCUUUUGCUUGAGACAGUGGUAGGCAUUCUGGAGAGCGUUGCAAGGGCGUGCACAUCUUCUUCUGACCAACGAAAGCGAAAAGAUGACCUAUCUUCUCGCCAACACUACACUAAAAUGCGACCUGUUGUCUCGUUGGGUGAUUCUAUAGAACACGAGCUGGGGACGAGAGGAAAUCUUUUUCCAGAACACUCAACAGUCUCGGCGUAUCACCGGAGUAACAGCAUACUUCGAGACUAGGGAAGGGAGGAUUGUCUCGAUAGCUAUCACACUUGCAUAUAAGGGAGGCUUAGACCAGAAGGCCUUGGUGGAAGAUAACUACUAGUAAAUCCCUGUUGCGGC